AAAAAUUUGUGUUUUUUUAUGGAGAGGGUUCGAAUAAUUGCAAUUCGCAAUUAACAAUAGGUAUAAGAAUAGAAUAAAAGAGCGGCGCAUUUGUAAAAUCAUCAAGGGAGCGUCUAAGUCCACAACUACCAUUGACGACGGUAAAAUAAUGGAGGAUAGCACUGAAAUAAAGGUUGUUUCCACUCAAGAAAAUGUUGAGAAUGCGUCUGCAGCAAAUCAAGAAACACGAGAUGAAAUGCUUGCAAGGCAUAGGAAAGAAAUUGCCAAGCUACAGAACAAAGAAAUUGAGAUGAAAAAGGCUGCAGCUAAAGGUAGCAAAAAUGAACAAAAAGCAAAGAAGAAACAAGUAGAGGAGGAAAUAGCCAAACUUUCCACAAAGCUAAGAGAAAAACAUGCAGAGGAACUUUCUUCACUUGGAUAUAGCACAACUAGUGACAAUGGAAACAACAAGGGUGACCUCGACACACUUGUUAAAGCCAUUGCUGGUGUAUCUGUUACAAAUAAUGCUGAUAUUCGCAAGCCAAGUAAAAGCGUUAAGAGACGUGAGAAAAGGGCUCAACAAGAAGCCGAAAGGGAGCAACGAAUACAAGAGGAACAAAGCAACAUCAUUAGUGAUAGAACAGUGGAGAACGAGUUACUAGAGAAGAAAUUGGAUCCACUCAGACUAACCAUUAGUGAGGUAAAACCAGAUGGCCAUUGCCUUUAUCGAGCUGUUGAAGAUCAACUAGCUCACUUAUCAGGAGGGUCUUCGCCUUACGAUUUCCAACAACUUCGAGAGAUGGUGGCUUCUUAUAUGCGCGAUAAUGCAUCUGAUUUUCUCCCAUUUUUCUCAUCAGAGAAUGAAGUUGAAGGAGAGUCUAACGAUUCUUUAGUGGAUCGAUUUAAAAACUAUUGCAGAGAAAUAGAAUCAACAGCGGCUUGGGGUGGACAAUUGGAGCUUGGUGCUUUAACACAUUGUUUGAAGAAACAUAUAAUGAUAUUUUCAGGGUCCUUCCCCGAUGUUGAAAUGGGUAAAGAAUACAAGAUCAAUGAUGAUGCUUCGUUGAAUUCUAGUAUCUUGCUAUCGUACCACAAGCACGCCUUCGGACUUGGUGAGCACUAUAAUUCUGUGGUUCCUAUUUAAUAAAAUAGUUUAGGUUUUAAACAUGUUGAGCUUUUAUACCAUAUUACCAACUUCCUUUUGUUUUUAGAGUGUGCAAGAUUUUUACAAGUUAUUUUCAAUUUAAUUCAAUUGUACUAAUACUGAUAGAAUUUUAAAUUUCUUUGACCGGACUUGUAAUCCUUCACAAAUUGCAUUGAGCAUUUUGCAUUUGAUAUCCUUCAUAAUAAGAAAAAGAAGACCUCAA